AUGAUAAGCAACAACGAAGAUGAAAUAAACAUGGAACUUAUACCGAUAACAUCAGAUAGAAUUGAAGAAAUUGCAGAAACUUCUUGUGCUUCUCAGAAAUCAAGAAAAAGAGUGAGGAGAAAGCUGAAAGAAUCUCCACCAUGUAAAAUACUUAGGCACGAUGCGUUGCCUGAGGAAAUAAGAGUCGGAUCAAUUUUUGAGAACAAACAAAACAUGACUAAAUUUUUCUGCAGCUUGGAGAUAAAUCAGAAAGUUGAAUUCACUGCUGUUAGAUCAUGUUCAAAGAGAUACGAGCUGAAAUGCAUUGUGGACAAAUGUGGCUGGAAUGUACGUGCUACCGGAAUAAAAAAUUCCACACUAUUCAGGGUGAUAAAAUAUCAUAACAUCCAUGAAUGCGCGGUUGAUGCAAGAAAAUCAAAUCAGAAGCAUGCUACAUCAAAUUUUAUAAGUGAACAAAUUAUAGAACAUGUUCGAGACAAAAAGAUAGAGGCUACACCAGCCUUUGUAGAAAAUGAAAUGAAAAAGAAAUUUGGAAUUGACAUUAGUUAUCACAAGGCAUGGCGUGCUAUUCAAAAAUCUGUUGCUUGCAUAAGGGGAACACCUGAAGAGAACUACCGGAUUCUUCCUUCAUACCUACACAUGAUGGUGUGCAAAAACCCAGGAACGUACACAAGCAUAAAAAGAGGUGGGCAGAAUAGACCCAUUAUUUCAGUAGAUGCAAUGUCUUUAAAGUCCAAAUAUCGUGGUGUUCUAUUUGUUGUUGUAUCAAAGGAUGCAAACAAUCAAAUCUUUCCUCUAUGUUUUGGUGUAGCGGAAUCAAAAAACAAUGAGGCAUACAUUUGGUUCUUCGGGGAAAUGAGAAAAGCAAUUCAAGUCCGUCUUGAAUUGGUUUUCUUGUCAGAUAGAAAUAAAUCGAUUGCAAAUGGGAUUAAAAAAGUUUUUCCUGAAGCUCACCAUGGUAUCUGCCUCUAUCACUUUGAGAAAAAUUUAAAGCAAAGACAUGCAAAAGCUACGGUGUUCAACCUUGAUUCAAUGUUGUUCAGAAUAAAUAGUGAAGGAAUCGAAUUCAUUGUGGACUUAAACAAGAGAACUUGUGACUGCCUGGAAUUCCAACUUGAUGAAUUGCCCUGUCCACAUGCAAUUGCUGCUAUUAAUAAGAGAUAUAUGCAGAAAUCUGAUUACUGCUCAAAUUG